UAUAUAUAUAUAUAAAACAAUUCACCUUCAUCACCAGCGGCUUCCAUUGAUGAGAAACUAAUUAAGCCACAAAACUAUGGGUUCAGAAGAUGAUGAUCAUAACACAACAUUUGGUGUCAGCCGCAAGAUCAUGCUGUCGGCAAUCGGCUCUUUACUCGGCGUUGUGAUGCUCAUUAUCAUGCUCCAUCUCUAUGCGAGGUAUCUUCUUAGACGCCAAGAAAGGAGACGCCGAGCUGCCCUUUACUCCCCUAGAACCGAUCAAAUCACACCGGUUGAUAUAAGUUCCAUCACCGAACUGCCCAAGUCGGGACUCGACCCUUUAGUCAUAGCUUCAUUGCCGAUGUUCACAUACAAGGUAACCACCGGUCAGGUCAGUCAUGAUGAUGAGGAGUCAGAAUGCUCUGUUUGUUUAGGAACCAUCACGGAGGAGUCCAUGGUUAGGCUUUUACCCAAUUGUAAACACAUAUUUCAUGUGCAAUGCAUAGAUACAUGGCUUGGGUCACACACAACAUGUCCCAUAUGUCGCACUGUGGUUGAACCGAUGGUCCAAUCGGAGAACUUCGAGUUAGACAAUAGGGUUCAACCCACAGCUCCUCCUUUAGAACAAAAAGAUGGUGAACCAUCGGGAUCAGGGUCAAGAUUUGAUUCUUUUAGGAGGAUGCUUGGUAGAGAAAGAUCAUCAAAUAGAAUUCAAAGUUGCGAAAACAAUGAAAUAUUUGAUAGUGUUCAAGAUUUAGAGAGGCAAUAAAUCGUAAAAUUUUUCACUUACUAUCAAUGUUUCUUUAGGGGUACUAUUUAAUUAUUAAUUCAAUUUAAUUAGUUUUUAUA